AUGGCAUUUGUGGGAGGCAGACCAGUUUCCCUCGCCCUGCGGUGGUGUUCUAACUCUUCACAGACUCCAAAUGAGAAUUACCUGUUCCCAGUACAGGUGGAUACAGAACAACACCAAAAAGCUGCCAACAUUAUCGCUCUCUUUAAACAGAAAUGUGGAUUUUCAGAACUUUAUUCGUGGCAAAGAGAAAGGAAAGUAAAGACAGAAUUUUAUCUUCACGACGGACCGCCUUACGCAAAUGGUGACCCUCACGUUGGACAUGCUUUAAAUAAGAUUUUGAAAGAUAUAGCCAAUCGAUACCAUAUGCUGAGAGGUUCCAAAAUACAUUUUGUGCCUGGCUGGGAUUGUCAUGGGCUACCCAUCGAAAUAAAAGUAUUAUCAGAACUUGGUGCAAAAGCUCAGAAUCUUUCAGCGGUGGAAAUUAGAGAGAAAGCUAGAUCAUUUGCUAAAGCAGCAAUCGAGAAACAGAGAUCGGCAUUUAUCCGUUGGGGAAUUAUGGCCGAUUGGAAUAAUUGCUACUAUACGUUUGAUGGCAAAUACGAGGCCCAGCAGUUGAGAAUUUUCUACCAAAUGUAUGAGAAGGGCCUGAUUUAUCGAUCUUACAAACCUGUGUUUUGGUCUCCCUCAUCGAGGACGGCAUUGGCCGAAGCAGAACUGGAGUAUAAUCCUGAGCAUGUCAGUCGCUCAGUGUACGUAAAAUUCCCUCUCUUGAAACCUGCUCCGAAGUUGGCGUCUCUUGUAGAUGGUUCAUCUCCGGUUAGUUUUUUAGUCUGGACCACACAGCCUUGGACAAUUCCAGCCAAUCAAGCUGUUUGUUAUAUGCCAGACGCAAAGUAUGCCGUUGUGAAAUGUUCCAAAUCUGGGGAGUUAUACAUACUGGCUGCAGAUAAAGUAACAUCUGUUGCUGCUGUUUUGAAAACAACAUUUGAGGUUAUUUCAACAUUUUCAGGUGCCGAUUUGGAAACGGGUACUUGUACCCAUCCUUUGAUUCCUGAUAAAGUGUCCCCUCUUUUACCUGCAAAUCACGUGACCAUGGCCAAAGGCACGGGGCUGGUGCACACGGCCCCGGCUCACGGCAUGGAAGAUUACAGUGUCGCGUCCCAGCACAAGCUGGCCACGGAUUGUUUAGUGGACGAAGAUGGACUUUUCACAGCAGCUGCAGGUCCCGAACUCCAAAGCAAGGCCGUCCUUGGAGAGGGAACGGAUGCGGUUAUAAAGAUGCUUCAGGCGUCCAAGAACUUGUUGCUAGAGGAAAAGGUGGUGCACAGCUAUCCGUGCGACUGGAGGACCAAGGCGCCGGUGAUCAUCCGCGCCAGCAAGCAGUGGUUUGUAAACAUCGAGGCGCUCAAGGCCACGGCCAAGGAAUUGUUGAAAAAGGUGAAGUUUAUUCCUGGGUCAGCCCUGAAUGCCAUGGUUGAAAUGAUGGACAGGCGGCCCUACUGGUGUAUCUCAAGGCAGAGAGUGUGGGGUGUUCCGAUUCCCGUGUUCCACCAUAAGACCAAAGAUGAGUUCCUGAUCAACAGCCAGACCAUCAAGCAUAUUGUUAAACUGGUGGAACAGCAUGGCAGCGAUGUCUGGUGGACACUCCCCGCCGAGCAGCUCCUGCCUAAAGAAGUCUUAUCUCAGGUCGGUGGUCCCGAUGCCUUGGAGUAUGUCCCUGGACGGGACAUCCUGGACAUCUGGUUUGACAGUGGGACCUCGUGGUCUUGUGUCCUUCCAGGUACGGACCAAAGAGCAGACUUAUACCUGGAAGGAAAAGACCAGCUUGGCGGCUGGUUUCAGUCGUCCUUGUUAACCAGCGUGGCAGUGAGGAAGAAAGCCCCGUUUAGGACAGUGGUUGUUCAUGGGUUUACCCUUGGAGAGAAGGGAGAAAAGAUGUCCAAGUCUCUAGGGAAUGUCAUUGAUCCCGAUAUUGUCAUCAAUGGAGGACAAGACCAAAGCAAAGAGCCCCCUUACGGUGCUGAUGUCCUUCGCUGGUGGGUCGCUGAGUCCAACGUCUUCACUGAAGUGACGAUUAGUCCCUCCGCGCUGAACGCUGCGCGAGAUGACAUUAGCAAGCUCAGGAACACACUCCGCUUUCUUCUGGGGAACGUGGCUGAUUUCAACCCAGAGACAGAUUCCGUCCCUGUGGACAAGAUGUAUGUCCUAGACCAGUACAUGCUGCACCUACUGCAGGACUUAGCGAGCAAGGUUACCGAUUCAUAUAAACAGUAUGACUUCGGAAAAGUCAUUCGGCUUCUAAAAGCCUUUUACACCAGAGAACUCUCUAACUUUUACUUCAGCAUAAUCAAAGAUAGGCUUUACUGUGAGAAGGCGGGCGACCCCAAGCGCCGCUCCUGUCAGACCGCACUGGCCGAGACCCUGGAUGUGAUCGUGCGCUCCGUUGCGCCCAUCCUCCCUCACCUGGCUGAAGAGGUGUUCCAGCACACCCCUUACGCCAAAGAACCCAAGAGUGUUUUUCGCACCGGGUGGAUCAACACUAGCUCCAUCUGGAAGAAGCCCGGGCUGGAGGAGGCGAUGGAGAGCGCCUGCGCCAUGAGAGAUGCAUUUCUUGGGAGCAUCCCUGGCAAGAACGCCGCCGAGUACGAGGUUACCAUUGUCAUCGAGCCGGGACUGCUUUUCGAGAUAAUAGAGAUGCUGCAAGCGGAGGAGACCUCCAGCACCUCGCAGCUGAACGAGCUCAUGAUGGCCUCCCAGACAACAUUACUGUCCCAGGAGCCCCCCACGCUGACUUCGGAUGUCACUGAGAUUAAAGGGACAUUCCUGAUCAAUCUGGAAGGUGGUGAUAUCCGCGAAGAGUCUGCGUAUAAAGUAAUUGUCAUGCCAACUACCAAAGAAAAGUGCCCUCGCUGCUGGAAGUACACAGCCCCGUCCUCCGAGACGCUCUGUCCUCGGUGCACGGACGUGGUUGGUGGGAAGUAGCACCCGCUCUGACGCCGACGGCUGCUCCAAGCGAGACCCGGUAGGACCCACUGCCCUUCGGGUGGACUGUUUACAACGCCGGGAAGAAAUCAAGACUUGGGUAACGAGUGGAAGAGGAAAAGUGGAAGGUGAGCAUCCGAGAAAGAAUCCUACGUUUCCUGUAACUAGAUAAAACAAUGUGUAUAUAUCUGCAGAAACCCACACGUGCAGGAUACUAACACAUCCAAUGGACGCACUCAGGGCACAGGCACCGAGUACGCUCACCUCCAGGGGUGGCCAAGCAGGAGACAUUUUAUAUUGGGCAGAUCUUUUUGACUCAGUAAGUUCUACAAUGUCUACAAAUAAAGGCAUUCUGGGAAAUUA